AUGGCCGUAGGCUCAACCAUCGUCGCGGGUGUCGCAAUCUUGCCGCCCAGCGCGUAUGCGUUGCUGCUCGUGCUCGCCCUUGCCGGCGUGGCCGUGCACCGCCAACUUGCUUAUCGGCGGCGUCGUGCCGGCCUUCCUCUACCUCCCGGACCGCCGGCUGAACCUGUCCUGGGCCACCUCCGCGUCAUCCCGGCGGCCAACCCCGAGUACACCUACAUGCAGUGGAGCAAGGAGUACCAGAGCGACGUGCUCGGCUUCCACAUCCUGGGCCAGCCCAUCGUCGUGCUCAACAGCGCGCGCGCCGCCAUCGACUUGCUGGACAAGCGCGGCGCGAACUACGCUGACCGCCCGCGGUUUGUCCUGUUCGAGGCCAUGGGUUUCAAAAAGACGCUAACCUUUUUGCGCAUGGGCCCUGCGUUCCGCCUGCACCGUCGCAUUCUCCAAAAACGCUUCCAGAAGAGCGCCAUCACGGUCGACCAAGACCUGCAGACGCGCGAGACGCACCAGAUGCUGCGCGGCCUGCUGGCGACACCCGACCAGUGGGAGACGGUGCUGCGCCGUUUCGCGACCGCCGUUGUCCUGGGCAUUGGCUUCGGCAUCGGCAUCCACUCCGACGCGGACCCGUACAUCCAGAUGGCCGAGGACGCGUCCUAUGCCCUGGGCCACGGCGGUGCACCGGCCGGCACGCCCGUUGAUUAUUUCCCCGGGUUGCGGCUGCUGCCGAACUGGAUGGUGGACCGCUCGCUGCGGUUUGCGCGCACAUGGCGCUGGGCCAUCCGCCAGCUGCACGAGGCGCCGUACCACGCCGUCGUGGCCUCUUCGACCGCCACCGCGGCCGACGACGGCGCGCAGGCAAGCAGCCUGAUUCACGGCCUGCUGGCCCAGCGGCAGUCGCAGCUGCGCACGGGCGCCCAGCCGGAGUUGAGCGAGGACGACAUCAAGGGCGCCGCGGCGGCCGUCUACGCCGCCGGCCAGGACACGACGUGGGCCACGAUGAUUGUUUUGAUUCUCAACCUCAUCCGCAACCCAGAUGUCCAGCGGAAAGCACAGCGCGUGCUCGAUGACGCCCUCGGCGACCGGCUGCCGACGUUUGCCGACCGCACGCGGCCCGAGCUGGAGUACAUUGAGCACAUUGUCUCUGAGACGCUGCGGUGGUGCCCCGUGUCGCCCGUCGGCGUGCCUCAUCGCACCGUCGCCGACGAUGAGUACAGGGGCAUGUUCAUCGCCGCCGGGGCCUAUGUGUACGCCAAUGCGCGCGCCAUCACGCACGACCCAGCCGUCUAUGCAGAUCCGGACGCAUUCGUGCCCGAGCGGUACGCCCGUGGUGAGCCGCUGCCCGUCGGCCAGUUCGGCUUUGGACGGCGUGUCUGUGUGGGCCAGCACCUGGCGCAGGCGAGCGUGUGGAUUGCGGCAGCCUGUUUAUUAAAGAGCUUUACCCUCAAGGCAGCGCUCAACGACGAUGGCGACGGACAGACGACGAAGCCCGACUGCGAGGUGAAGCUGACCUAUGGUUUGACGAGCCACCCAGAGCGAUUUGGCUGCAUUUUUGAGCCGCGAGGAGACGUGCAGAGUCUAGUGGAACGGGCGGUUGUUUGA